ACUGCAAGCCAUAACACGACAAUCGCCGAUAUGCGGUCGCAGUGUCGCGCGGCCAAGGAGGAAAAAUCCCAACGGUGGGAUAUCGCGCGGUGUACGUCGAACGAGCGACGCGUCAAUGCGUGCGGGCCACGACGCAGGUGGCAAGGCGACGGCAGGUGAAGAUCGUCUCGUGUCCCGUGAAGGUACCGUCAAAGCGGGGUGCUCCCGAUUCCGGAGGGAGCUCAAGAGGGAGCGACGCGACCGCGCCGAAAUAAACUUUCCCGGGUUAUGUAAAGACUGGCGCCUCCGCCGAUAUAAAGGUCGGCUCUGCCCCCAACGGUCCAAGAGUUGCUCGCGAACUCCACGCCAGCCACCAUCGAGAGAGCCGAGCGACGAUCUACAUGUGAUUCUGCUUGCGGUGACCGUCUGCUUGCCUGCUUAUUUGCCGUCUAUUCCACUUAAACGCGCUGCAUUACCUCAUUCGCUUCGCUCUCUCGGGCGCGUGCAUCGUAAUUGUAUAAACGCGUGUUCAUCGUCGAGCCGACAAUAUGCGUGCUUUGUUGUUAGUAGCCCUGUUCGGACUGGUCCACAGCCAGGACCCAUACUUCCAGGAGCCGGAGAAAAUCGUGAGCUAUUCGCGCGAUCUCGGCGACACUCGCGGGCACUAUUCGUUUUCUUACGAGACGGAGGGCGGCAUACUGCAGCAAGAGAGCGGCAGUCGCAAGUACGCCGGCACCGACGACGAGACGCAGCUUAUCCAGGGUUCCGUGCAGUACAACGCGCCGGAUGGCACCCCCAUCGCCAUGAGCUGGACCGCCGACGAGUUCGGCACCCAGGUGAUUGGCACCCAUAUUCCCACCCCGCCGCCGAUCCCGCCGGCGAUUCAACGUGCCCUCGAGUGGAUCGCUAAGCAGCCCACCACUCCGGAACCAAUCGAGAAGAAGAAUCCGACGCCGAACGCGGUUCCCCGCGACAAUCACCAGUAUAAAUUCCCUCCGAAUAAACGAAACUGAAAGUUGUCUACGCUCGCGUAAAGUAGCGUCGCUCAGAACGCUGACUUUCAGCCGGCAUCACUGCCUAUCGCUCUUACUAUAUGUUACAUUCAAUAAAUUUGUAUUUUUAUAGAAACUCUCGAGACUACUAGUUGUUUAAACGGCUUGGGUGGAAUUUAGGAUUAAGUUGCUUUCCAUGAUAGAUAUUGAUUAAGAGUUAUUCUUCUUUUAGAUAAAUAGCGAGUUAUUUUCUCGCUUCGAAUAGUUUGCGUAUGAUCUCAUAAUCGAACGUUUUAAAAUACAUGAUUUUUUGGUCGAAUAAGCAUCUUUGUUUUUUGCUACUUUCUCAUCUCGCAUUGAAGUAGGUUAAUUCAGUAGACAUAGCAUUCAAGCGUAUGUAAGCGAUAGCGUAAAUAAGUACGUUUACACUGGGA